AGCAAAUCGAAAAAAGAAGGGUGUAGCGUAGAAAUAACUCCAACUUCACAAACCGUAACGUUUUCUCUCUCCAAAUUUAUCAAGAAAAAGAAACUGUUUCUCUCUCUACCAACCACCCUUUUCCUUUUUCUCUCCCUCCCAAUUUCCCUCCCUCUGGAUUCCAUCGCUUUUACUUUCGAGAUCAAUCGAACCUUAUUCCUCUCUUCCUCUCUUUUUAAAUUCUCUUCAUUUUCCUCUCUUUUCUUCUUCUUCCUAAUUCCUAUCCCUCCCUCUGGUACAAUCCUCUUUUCCUACUUCAUUCUAUUCCUAUUGCUAUUGCUAAUUCAGUUUCCCAUUUUUCUAUGUGUAACGCACUAUUACAUUCUUCAAUUUUACUAACCCUUAUUUUCCAUUUUCCCCCAAUUUUUUAGGAUGCACUCUAAUCUCUCCAACUAAAUUGUUGGAUUCAUAGCUCUAUUUGCUAGCUGGUUCUGUUGGUAUUUUGAAAAUGGCAAAAGGAAGUAGGGGACGAUCCAGGUUUGCUUCUCGUCAGUACCGACUGACUCCAUACCCACUGGCUCGAUGCAAAAGGGACAUUUGUGAGGAUAUGUGUCAAAAGAAAUGCUCUAAGGCCCUGGAUAAGAAAGAGUGCGAAGAUGUAACAUGUUCUGUGUGCAUGGAGUAUCCACACAAUGCUGUUCUUCUUCUUUGUUCUUCUCAUAACAAGGGUUGCCGUCCCUACAUGUGUGGAACUAGCCUUCGUCAUUCCAAUUGUCUUGAUCAGUACAAGAAAGCUUACACCAAAGUAAUUUCAGUACGUAAUGGACAGCCCGUGCAAGGUUCAGGUUCAAUUGAUAAUCCAUUUGUGCUCCAUGAUUUGAACUCACCUCAUGAGAAGAAUGAAGUUACUGAACUUGCUUGCCCCCUAUGUAGGGGUCAGGUUAAAGGUUGGACCAUUGUGGAACCUGUGCGAGACUACCUCAAUGAAAAAAAAAGAAGCUGCAUGCAGGAUGACUGCUCGUUUGUCGGGAACUAUAAGGAGUUAAAGAAGCACGUGCGAGCAGAGCAUCCUUCUGCACGCCCAAGGACAGUAGAUCCUGAUCAUGAGCAGAAAUGGAGAUGGCUCGAGUGGGAGCGUGAACGUGAAGAUGUUAUCAGCACAGUCACAUCAGCCAUGCCUGGGGCAGUGGUGUUUGGAGAUUAUGUUGUAGAAGGUCGCCAUAAUAAUGACAUUGAUUCCGAUGAUGAGGAGGGUGCUCUUGAUGCAGGCAAUGGAGAUAGAAAUGGUAGAUUUCAGAUGGGUAUGGAGGCUAUGAAUUUCUUCCUCCUGUUACAUGCAGUUCGGCAGGGAAAUGAUAUCAACAGCUUAAGUAGACGGCUGAGGCCUGAUCUGGGCCCUGAUAGGUUAGCAGAUCGGAAUGAGGACAAUGAGUUGGAUGUCAUAUUGGAUGUCUCGGAUGACGAUAAUGAUGAAGAUGAUGAUGAUGGUAGCUACAAUGAAGGCCAUGAUGAAGGUGUAUCUUUGGCUAGCCGGCUCCGCCGGCAAGGUGGUGGCAGAGUUCUGCUGAGUCGUUCUGGCAGGAGGCGUAGGCGCAGAGAAGCACAUGCGACAAUGGAAGGAAGUUGAUGGUGGUCAUGCUUGCUGGAGGUUGGAAAGGGACAAGUUUCUUAGGUAUAUAUUAGAUCAGAAAAUUUAGCACCAUUUAGUGGUUUGCUUUAAUAACAUUUGAAGGGUUUUUCUUUCCCAACAAGAAAAACCAAAAGAUGGGCAUUUUUAUUUAUCUUGUUGUAAUUUCUCUUCCAUGUACAUGUACAUUCCUUACCUUCCUCCUACAGUCUUUCUAUUGCUUUUGCACAUUAUAAUGUGAAAUUCACUCAUGUAAACAUUUGAUUGUAUUAAAAUAUUAGGCAUGAAUUUGAUUGCCAUGAAAGGGUCUCAGGAUUGAACAGUUGUAAAUUGGCUGUUUCAGCUAAUAUAACCCAGAAAUUCUGAGUGGUAAA